GGGGUGGCUUUAAAGAGAGGGUGGCAUAUUGAGAGACGUGUCCACCGCGUAUAUAACUUGUACUCUUGAGCGAAUUUGCGGUCGCGAUACUCAACCGAAAAUGUCAAUUAAUUUGUCACAGAAUCUGCUGGCAUCGAUGGUGCCGAAGCACGAAUACCUACUUUAUGAGAUAGAAUCGACCGACACUAAUAGUAUCGGUCUAGUUUUCAGAGCAAUUUACGAUGGCCACGAACAUCAGAAGUUUGUGGAGAAGCUCGAUGACCGUAUUAAAGCUCAUGACAAGGACAUCGAGAGAAUGUGUAAUCAUCACUACCAAGGAUUUAUCGAUUCUAUUCGAGAGCUCUUGCAAGUUCGUUCACAGGCACAACAAUUAAAUGCAGAGGUAUUGGAACUUGAUAAAUGUAUUACCGCCACAUCUACAAAGGUGAUUGAAAAGGGUGAGGAGCUCGUGAAAGCUCGCAAAGUCGAGAGUAACAUGGCUGCUGCUGUAGACAGUCUCACUAUGUGUCUUCCUGUCUUAGCAGCAUAUGCAAAGUUGCAAAAGCAAUUGAAAGAUAAACGUUAUUAUCCAGCCUUGAAAACGUUGGAGCAGUUGGAGCAUCACGAUCUGCCAAAAGUUACGAAUUAUAGGUUUUCCUCACAAAUUACUCAACAAAUUCCACAGUUGCGCGAGAAUAUAAAGGAUGCAUCUAUGUCUGAUCUACGAGAUUUUCUAGAAAAUAUUAGAAAGCAUUCGCCAAAGAUUGGGGAAGUUGCAAUGAGGCAUACCGCUGAACAAUUAGCAACUGAGGCAGAAAUCAUAGGAAGGAAGAAAAAGAGAUCUCAUGUGACUCAAUCGAACGAAAUUGAGGAGGAACUGAGCGCCCAAGAUUUAAUGGACUUCAGUCCGGUAUAUCGAUGUAUGCAUAUCUAUACUGUACUUCGAGAAGGAGAAACUUUUAAAACGUACUAUAGGCAACAAAGAAAGCAGCAAGCUAGGCUAGUCUUGCAGCCACCCAUCAAUAUGCACGAAAGCAUAGUCGGGUAUCAGACUUAUCUACAUGGUAUUAUUGGUUUCUUUGUGGUAGAGGAUCAUAUAUUGAAUACAGGUAACGGAUUAGCUACUCGCGCGUACUUGGACGAGCUUUGGACCAUGGCAUUGUCCAUCAUAGUGAAUGCUUUGCGUACACAUUCGGCAUAUUGCACAGACGCUACACUUAUACUAAAAAUAAAAAAUCUUAUUAUGUUGUUCAAUACUACACUAAGGGAUUAUGGCUAUUCCGUAGAACAGUUAUGGGAUUUGUUACAAGAAAUUAGGGUACAUUACAACGAAGUAUUGAUGCAACAUUGGGUUCAAGUGUUUAGGGAUAUUUUGGAUGAAGAUAGUUUCUUGCCAAUUCAGGUUACAACGCAAGCGGAAUACGAUGAAGUUUUGAAUCUGUUUCCUUAUCACGACGAGGAAUUGCAGAAAGCCGAGUUUCCGAAGAAAUUUCCAUUUUCCGAUAUGGUACCGAAGGUUUAUCAGCAAGUGAAAGAAUUUAUUUAUGCUUGCUUAAAAUUCUCAGAGGAUUUGAAUUUCACGCAAACGGAGAUUGAUGAAAUGAUAUGCAAGUCGACAAAUCUGUUGUUAACAAGGACUUUCAGCGGAUGCUUGUCAUCCUUAUUUCGCAAGCCAUCUUUAGCACUUUUACAAGUAGUACAAAUUAUAAUAAAUACAGGAUAUCUCGAGAAAUCUACGAAAUAUUUAGAAGAAUUUGUGACUAAUAUUACUGGCACACCGCAUCAAGGGCAAUUAAGUUGCAUGGGCGUGGAAUCUGCUAUGUUUCGAGUUGCGCGAGAUGACGCUGAGAAGCAGAUUUGUGAUAAACUGAAGAAUAAGCUAGAUGAAUUUUUAGAGUUGGAAAAUUACGAUUGGAAUUUGGCGGAACCACAAGGACAUGCAUCGGGAUUUAUCACGGAUCUUAUUGCAUUCUUACAGAGUACAUUUACAUGCUUUACUAAUUUACCGGAUGAAGUAGCUCAAGUGGCAUGUAAAUCCGCGUGUUCUCAUAUUGCUAAAGCCAUAUUAAACAUAUUAAUUAGUGAAGAUGUGAAACAAAUAUCCAUGGGUGCAUUGCAACAAGUCAAUUUGGAUACAAUACAAUGUGAACAAUUUGCUGCUUCGGAACCAGUUAUUGGUUUACCAGAAGGAACCUUGUUGCAGUAUUUCUCACAAUUACGACAACUAUUAGAUUUAUUUAUGAGUUGGGAUUGGCCUACUUACUUCCAUGACUAUGGUCAUGAUUCUAGUAAAUAUGAUUUAGUAACUCCGAAUAUGGCUGUGCUUUUACUGGAAAAGUUGAAGGAGUCUGAUAAGAAGACAGUGUUCUCUGUGUUAAAGAAAAGUGAAAGAGAUAAAAAGAAAUUGCUUGAAACUGUAUUAAAGCAAUUACGUCAAUUAGCACAAACUACCCAACAGCAAUAGGGUUUGAAUCAAUCAUAAUACAUAUUCUGAAAAUAUGUAAAUAUAUAUUAAUUUUUAUAAUAUAAGUAUUGUAAGGAUGAUUCUUGACAAUGAAUAUUAUAAAAGUAUAUUUGUACUUUGUCUGUUACUUAUUUUUACAAAUGUUAUUAGCUCUCAAUUUUUAAUUAUUUUCAACGUAUAUAAGUGCACAGAAAUUAAUGCGGGGAAAAAUAAAAAUAGACAGUACAAUAUAA